AAUGAGAGCUCGCCGUUCACCUCGACACACAACCUCCUGAAAGGGUCGUUCCACACACGCUCCUCAGAACAACUCAACUCCCGUCCAUUUUGACGUAACACAGUCCACCAGUCAGGAUGUUUGCUUGGCGUCCAGAGAUGAUGCUCUUGUUGCUCGUGACAGGUAACAUCAUCAUGUGUGUGUUGGGCAGUCCUGGAAACCUCACACUUCAGACCCGUGACACCAACAAGACAAACAACUCCCUCUUGUGGGAGGAAGCUUCCGACCCCGUGCAAAGUUUUGCCAUGUCCGAGGGCAUCCAGAUCAACAUCACCGAUGACACUCAGAUGGUGGUUUUAAGCUCCGCCCCCGCCCAUGUGAGCGAGGGUGACAGAGUGACCCUGAGAUGCACUUCCGCCUUCUCCUUCCUCCAGCCGGAAGUCCUCUGGUACCGAGAUGGCUACCUCCUCGGUGAAUCUGGCCCAGCUCUGAAGUUGGGCCCCCUGACUGCGAGCGAUUCCGGCAACUACACGUGCGCGCUGGCGAGGAACAGGACCACCAUGUCGCCGCCCUUCAGCCUGAACGUUGACGCGCAUCAAUCCAGCCCACACAACCUGGACGGUCUUCGCUACACCUUGUCUGACACGGUGAAAAAGGUGGCAGCCGCCAUCGUUCACGUCCGUUUCACAUACUGGGGCUAUCACGAGUACUCUCCUGGCUUCAUCGUGUCUGAGGACGGACUGGUCGUCGUUGACAACUUCUGGUUCAGCGAGAAGAGGCUUGUAAAGAACCUGCAGGUGAACCUGACGAGUGGUGCCAUGUUUGACGGAGAGAUCAAAGACUUAGACCUGACCCAUGGCCACGCUGUGAUCAAGAUCAACACAACUACCAAACUGCCAUUUGUUCGGCUCGGCGACUCGGCGGACCUUCAGCUUGGUGAGACGCUGCUGGCCAUGUACAAGUGGAACUGGAAUGGAACCCUGUUUGGGACCAUCAAGGAACUGGAUGGCAGACACAUCGAAAUGGAAGAGAUCAGCGGGUGCGGCACCCCAGAUGGUCCACUUGUCACCUUGGAUGGACAAGUGGUCGGCUUCAUCAGGGGUGAUGCAACUUCUUUGACCACCAACUUCAUCAGAGAAAGCCUGGACAAGAUCAAAGGGAUAAACGGCAGAGAGAAGUACAUCGGCGCCAGGAUGAUUAGCCUCACACCCACGUUGGCCAAGGAGCUCAAGGUGGGACAGUGGGACUUCCCAGAUGUCACCUCUGGUGCUUACGUCGUGGGCUCCUACAGCGGGUCUCCCGCCAAGGCCGCCGGUCUGCAGAGGGGGGAUGUCAUCGUCGGCAUCAACGACAAGCGUGUGACAUCCGCCAGUGACGUCUACGCCGCCAUCGUGCAAGACGACGCGCUUCACGUGCUACUGAUGCGGGGCAACAAGAACGUCACUCUCUUCAUCGUGCCCAAAGGAGAUUGACCCUUGAACCUCCAAGCAAUUCGGCGAGUGCUACCGCCACCCGCCCUGAGCGUUUCCACGAGCUGCUACAGUUAGACUGGCACCGUGGAACACCUCCUGAGUUUAUGGUGGUUACUAACUGUCUUCCUUUUCAAUUUAACACUGAGCCCUGAUAGGUGGUAGGAAGAAGGAGGGCUAUCUGUCAUGCUAAGAGUUUCUACAUGCAUACUGUAUGUGCCAAGCAAAUCCACACAUAUACAGUAUAGCUACAAUAUUUGUCAACUAUUCCAUGUUUGAAUCAGUAGUCAUAUUAGCUGAAUGCAGUAAAAUGAGGACCUGGAGAGCAGCACGGGGCGAGGGACCACGGCAUGGCCUACACUCUUUGUGUGUUCAUUUGAAAUCAUAUUACAAUCUUCUCAUUUUUGUGUUUUACUAUUUUUGCUAAUUACUAUUAGUGCACUUAUUCUUUUUAUACCCCACACACACACACACACACACACACAUUGGCACUUUCCUCUUUUGACCAAACGUUUUCCCCGUUUCUUAUUUUUGACACACGACUCUUUUUACCAAACAUUUGUCCCACUUUUCAAGGUCAACUCCAGGUCGAUAUCGGGACUAGUAGUAAUUAGCAACUUUUUACACAUUUUGCCAAGUACUAUUAAAACUGCUUUGUGUGGUUUUGUAUUUGUAUACUGCCCUUGCAUAACCCUGCAAUAAACUUUCUUUCUGUGCAACUGAAAA